CUGCUGCUGAUGCUCUUUCUGUUUUUGCUGCGGCGACAGCGCCAGUCUCGUUUGCGCAUUCCGGGGUGAUGGUGGCUCGCGCGGGAGCGCGCUCCGGACACACGCCGGUUACGUUUUUACACUGAGCGGAGAUUACUGAUCCGAGAGCAGCGGCAGCGGCAGCAGCGGCAGCGCAGUCAGUGUAAACCAGCGACCAGCACUGAGAGGAUGUGUGAGUUUCUCACAGCGGCUUAAUUCUCUGGGUUUACAGGACAGAGCGUGGCUUUAUCUCUGUCUCUCACCUGCAGGGCUGAUAGAUGAUGGAAUGGGAAUGAACGGGUUUGUGGGCAGUAUGAAGACCUGUCCCGUCUUCGUCUUCGUCCUCUUUCACCUACUUCCCUGCUGGGGACAGCUUCUGUUACCUGCAUCCUCAGGCUUUCAGUUUACAAGCUCCAGCUACAAUGCGACCAUUUACGAGAACUCUGCUGCUCGGUCCUACGUUAGGAGUGAGGUCAAAAUGGGCAUCGUUCUGCCACCGUCCAGCACCUGGGAGAUCAAAUAUUUCAUUGAAUCGGGGGAUGAUGAGGGGCUGUUCCAGGCGGAGGAGUAUGUUCUGGGUGACUUCUGUUUUCUCCGCAUAAGGACUAAUGGUGGGAGCUCCGCCAUAUUGAAUCGUGAGGUGCAGGAAAUUUACACUAUAAGCGUAAGAGCUUUGGAUAAGGAUGGUCUGGAGGCAUCAACUAGAGUCAAUGUGCAGAUUAUGGACAUGAAUGACCUCAGGCCUUUGUUCUCACCCACCACCUAUACCAUCACUUUACCCGAAAGCACCCCACUGGGUACCAGUGUUGCACAGGUCACUGCAACUGAUGCUGACAUUGGCUCUAAUGGUGAAUUCUAUUAUUUUUUCAGGGAAGUAGUGGAGUUCUUUGCAGUCCACCCAACCAGUGGAGUUGUAUCUCUCACAGCCAAACCAAAUGUAGAUGACAUUAAUAGAUUUGACCUUGAGGUCUUAGCAGUUGAUCGUGGAACAAAAGUCUAUGGAAACAAUGGUGUAAGCAGCACUGCAAAACUUGUAAUCAGCAUCAUACGUGUUAACGAAUACUCCCCCACAUUGAAUGCAGUUGCAGUUGUCCCAUCAUUACUAGAUAAAGAGCCAGUGUACGCUGUUGUAAAAGUGGAAGAUCUGGAUGAAGGUCAGAAUGGGGAAAUCGAGUGGGUUGCAAUCAUUGCCGGGGACCCGCUGGAACAGUUUGUUCUUGACAGAGCACCACUUGGCAAUGAGUACAGGCUAAAAAUGUCUGAGCCUGUCGACUGGAAUACAUUUCCAUACGGCUGCAAUCUGACCUUCCAAGCUAAAGAUCGAGGCACCCCUCCUAAGUUCUCCAAUACCCAGGUACUUCAGCUCUUGGUUAAAAAGCCAACCUCUGGGCUGGCAAAAUUCGAGAAAGACAUUUACAGAGCUACAAUUAAUGAGAUUGCUCCUCCUGGGACUAUCAUACAGACUGUUGGAAUCUCUCCCAAGCCACGAUCUGUCCGUUACGGCCUGAGCCUCACCUCAGAUUCCAUUUAUUUCAAUAUUAACACUUUUACUGGUGCCAUCUUGACUGCAAGACCGUUUACUCUGCUGGGUCAGCAGCUUUUUGAAAUAGAGGUGACAGAGGCUUUAAGUGGUCUAAGAGCCAAGGUGCAGAUCACUGUGGAAGAUGCUAACGACAAUAUCCCCAUCUUUACUCAAUCUUCGUAUGAAGCAUUUGUUAAUGAGAGUGCUCCGAUCGGUACUGUCGUUCUUGUCAUAUCAGCAGUAGAUGAUGACAAAGGGGAAAACGGAUGCGUGACCUACAGCAUAGCAAGCUUUCAGGGUGUGCCAUUCACAAUUGACCAGAAUACAGGCGAACUAAAGACAUCUCAAGAGCUUGAUUUUGAAUCGUCUUUAGAAACGUACGUUUUCGCAAUUAGAGCCUCUGACUGGGGUUUACCGUACAGACGAGAAAACGAGGUAAACGUCACAGUACGGAUUCAAAAUGUCAACGACAACCCUCCCCUUUUUGAACGAGUAUCAUGUAAAGGAAUGAUCGCCCGUGAUUUCCCUGUAGGGCAGACAAUCAUUACGAUGUCCGCCAUUGACAUAGACGAGAUCGGCUUAGUGAAAUAUAACAUACUGUCUGGAAACGAACAAGACCUCUUCAGUCUUAACCCAGACUCUGGGAUGCUGUCGCUGAGAAGGUCUCUUGUUGCAGCUAACGUUAAAAACGGUGUGUUCAGUUUAAGAAUCGUUGCAACAGAUGGAGAGAUGUUCUCAGAACCCACCUAUGUUAACGUAUCAGUCGUGAGGGGCAGAAUGUCAUCAAAGAGCUUCACCUGUAAAGACACGAAAGUUGCACAAAAAUUAGCGGAAAAGCUUCUUACAAAAGCCAGUGCUAUUGGAAAAUCGAACGUAGAAGAGGCCUACACUGACUUGUAUUCCAUAAACCGGCAGACUCCUCAGUUUGAAGCAUUUCCGUCUGAUAUAGCAGUGCGUGAGGAUUUGCCUGUAGGGUCAUCUGUCCUUAAAGUGAACACUAAUGAUGGUGAUACGGGCUUCAAUGGUCUCAUUCUUUAUGUUAUAUCAGAUGGAAAUCCUGACAGCUGCUUCACUAUUGAUAUGGAGAGUGGCCUGAUAUCUAUAAAUCAGCCUUUGGACAAUGAAAGGUCAGAUCGGUACCUUCUUAACAUAACCAUAUAUGACAUGGGUCUUCCUCCAAGAUCCAACUGGAGGCUGCUGACUGUAAAUGUUGAGGAUGUAAAUGAUAAUAGUCCCCAGUUUUCAUCCGAGGGCUACACUGCGGUGGUGACUGAGAACACAGCCAUUGGCACAGAGGUGAUCCAGGUCACGGCCUCAGAUCUUGACCAGGAUCAGAAUGGUGAUGUCUCCUACACUUUACUAACCACCACGCCUUUGUUCACAAUCAAUAGUGAAACUGGUUGGGUCUAUGUCGCUGGUCAGUUGGACAGGGAAUCAAUGACAGAUAUUACUCUGAAAAUCGAAGCCAGAGACAAGGCCGAAAGAGGGAAUCAGAAAUUCUCUGUGACAACUCUAAAGGUCUACUUAGGGGAUGUAAAUGACUGUCCACCAAUGUUCAUUCCAAAGAGUUAUAGCUGCCGUGUUCUUGAGGACCUUCCAAUAGGUGCUGUGAUCACCUGGCUGCAAACCCAGGACCCUGACUAUGGAGCUGGCGGUAAAGUGAACUAUUAUCUGGCAGACGACUUGAAUGGGACGUUCGUAGUUAACGAAGACAGUGGAGCCAUCAAGGUGGCCAAGGAACUUGACUUUGAGAAGCAGCAGUCCUACAACAUCUCUGUUGUUGCGGAGGACUGUGGUCUUCCCGUUCAGCUACGUUCCUCCUCAUACAUCGAGGUGGAGGUGCUUGAUGUCAAUGAGAACCUCAACGAGCCCUGCUUUUCUGAGUUUGCAGUGAGAGCCACCGUGAAGGAAAACUCCCGUCUCGGAACGAGCGUGGUCCAAGUCAGCGCCAAGGAUGAUGACAAGGGCAAGGAUGGCGUAAUAAGAUACUCGAUCAAGGCGGGAAGUGGCCUCGGCAGCUUCUCCAUUGAUGAAGAAACUGGGGUCAUCUACACCACCAGCGUUCUGGACUGCGAGAAGCAGGACUCCUAUUGGCUAACUGUCUACGCCACAGACCGAGGGGUGGUGCCACUCUCAGCAUCUAUUGAAGUGUUUGUCCAGGUGCAGGAUGUCAACGAUAACGCCCCCUUGACCUCUGACCCUGUCUAUCACCCAUACGUCAUGGAGAACUCACCCAAAGAUGUCUCUGUGGUUCGAAUCCAAGCCCAGGAUCCCGACAUCACCGCCCCCUCCAGCCGCCUCAUGUACCGCAUCACGGCCGGAAACCCACAGAACUUCUUCACCAUCAAUCCCAAAACAGGUCUCAUCACCACAACUUCAAGGAAACUGGACAGAGAGCAGCAAGCAGAACACUUUUUAGAGGUGACCGUAACAGAUGGCAAUGAUGCGUCCAGGCUCUCCACAGUCUGGGUGAUUGUGCAUGUUCAAGAUGAGAAUGACAACAAGCCUGAAUUCCCCGAGACCGUCUACCGCAUCAGCCUGCCUGAGCGUGACCGGAACAAACGCGGGGACCCCGUCUACAGAGUCUUCGCUUACGACCGAGACGAGGGGCCCAACGCCGAGCUAUCGUACAGUAUAGUGGAGGGAAACGAUGACGGGAAGUUUGUCAUAGAUGCCAGGACUGCCAUGGUGUCCUCGAGGAAGAUGGUUACAGCAGGGGGCUAUGACAUCCUUACAAUAAAAGCCAUGGACAAUGGGAGCCCUCAGAAGUGGUCGACUACACGGCUGCAUAUUGAGUGGAUCCGGAAGCCUUUGCCCUUGCUACAGGACUUGCGCUUCAGUGCUCCUAGCUAUAACUUCUCUGUAGCGGAGAGCGCGAAAGUGUCGGAGAGCGUGGGAGUCGUCUCUAUCCGGCAGACAGAAACACCGCUCUGGUUUGAUAUCAUUGGAAGCUACGAUGGCCCUUUCGACAUCCACAGAGGGAUGGGAACUGUAGUGUUAGCGAGGCCUCUGGAUGCAGAGACUCAGUCUCUCUACAACAUGACCGUUCAGGUGACUGAUGGGACGAACACAGCCACCACACAGGUUUAUAUCAGGAUCUUGGACAGCAACGACAACACUCCCGUGUUCUCCCAGCCCGUUUAUGAAGUCUCGGUUUCAGAGGACACACCAGUGGACACGGAGAUUCUGCGAAUUAAAGCCACAGAUAAGGACGAACGGGCUAAGCUGAGCUACUCCAUCCACGGCAGCGUCGAUCCGGCCAGCAUGCGCAUGUUCCGGAUCAAUCCGGGCACUGGUGUCAUGUACACGUCCGAUCGUUUGGACUAUGAGGCACGCACCCAACACAUCCUCACUAUUAUGGUAAAAGACCAGGAGUUCCCAUAUUACAGAGACCUGGCCCGUAUCAUAGUGAAUGUUGAAGAUUCCAAUGACCAGAGUCCAUUUUUCACACGCACAGUGUAUGAUGGGGUGGUAAUUGAGUCAGCUUCUCCUGGGACACCUGUUAUACAGGUCACGGCCUUGGACAGAGACACCGGCAGAAACGGGGAGCUGAUAUAUUCAAUUGAAGCUGGCAACACUGGAGGGGCAUUUGGAAUUGAUUCGCUCUCUGGCAUCGUUUCAGUGGGCAGAGAGCUGGACCUCACAUCUGUCGGGCAUUACGUCCUCACUGUGCGAGCCACAGAUGGAGGUUCUCCAGCGCUAAGUGCCACGACCACUGCCAGGAUCUCCAUAACGCUCUCAGAUUUCUCCAGCCCCAAGUUCACCCAACUGGAGUACCAGGCUGAGAUUACUGAGAACGUGCCUGCGGGGACGUUUGUGACCAAUAUCAGUGCCAUCAGCCGCUCGGCACUCAUUUACGACAUUACGCAAGGGAACACUGAGAGAAAAUUCCGAAUCAACCGAUACACAGGAGUGAUCACGACUCAGAAAACGCUCGAUUUUGAGGUCACAGCAUCGUACAUGCUGGCGAUCGAGGCUGUCAACAUGGCAGGGAAUGUUUCCAGUGCCGCAGUGAACAUCCAGGUGGUGGAUGAGAAUGAUAAUCCACCAGCUUUUAAACAGCUGCGCUACUCUGGGAGCAUUAGCGAGGCAGCCCCCGUCAACAGCGUGGUCCUAGGAGAGGAUGGAAGUCCCCUGGUGAUCCAAGCUGCUGAUGCUGAUAGGAACCAGAAUGCUCUGUUGGUGUUUGAGAUUGUGGAAGACAUGGCUAAGAUGUUCUUUACUGUGGACUCUGGCACCGGAUCAGUCAGAACAAUUGCCAACUUGGACUACGAGACGUUUAGCAGCUUUUUCUUUCGUGUCAAUGUGAGGGACAGUGGUAUUCCCCAGUUAACCGCAGAAAGCCCAGCUGAGGUUACAGUCAAGGUGAUAAAUGUAAAUGAUUCCCCUCCAAAGUUUUCUCAGGAUGCCUAUGACACUGUCUUACUUCUUCCUACCUAUGUUGGUGUAGAAGCUUUGAGAGUAGAAGCAUCUGAUCCUGACAUGAAGUUGAGUUCUGACCUAAUCUAUUCUCUGGCCGACAACAACUUGGAGCUCUUUGCCAUUGAUUUAAACUCUGGCAUCCUCACGGUUAAGAACAACAAACUGUCCCAAGACCGUUAUCGCUUUAACGUAAAGGCAUCAGAUGGACGAUACUCGUGCACAGCUCUUGUGACAGUUCUAGUCCGGGAAGCUAUGGACAGUGGUCUUCUCUUCAGUCAGCCUGUAUACUCCUCCACUGUGUUGGAGAACACCUCCAACAUAUCUACUGUAAUGGUGGUGAGCGCUAUAGGGAACCGUCUGAACGAGCCACUUAAGUAUGCGCUGCUGAACGCAGGGAUUCGCUUUACUAUUCGACCCACAUCUGGGGUCAUAAAGACCACUGGAAUCCCAUUUGAUCGGGAGGAACAGGAGUUCUAUGAGCUGGUGGUGGAAGUGAGUCGGGAGUAUGACCGACUGAGGGUAGCCAGAGUGACUGUACGAGUGCAAGUGGAAGAUGUCAAUGAUAAUCCUCCUGAGUUUGUAGGUCUUCCGUACUAUGCUGCAGUGCAAGUGGAUGCGCCACGUGGAUCAUCCAUAUUCCAAGUAUCAGCCACUGACCUGGACAAGGGAUUGAAUGGGAAGGUUGCCUACGAACUCAAGGAGGAGCACAAACAUUUUGAAAUCAACCGAGUCACAGGAGAACUCAUUCUUAAAAAAGCCUUUGUUGCAGACCUGUCCAAUGUCGAGUACCCAGUGGUCAUUCUUGCACGGGAUUCAGGCUACCCUUCGCUCUUUACUGCGGUGGAGCUUCCAGUUACAGUUGUUAACAAAGCAAUGCCUGUUUUUGACAAACCUUUUUAUGGUAUUUCUGUCAGAGAGGACAUUGCCGUGUCCACCCCUAUUUUAAGCAUUAAUGCUACAAGUCCUGAAGGUCAGAACAUUAUCUACACCAUUGUGGAUGGCGAUUCCUCUCUAAAUUUUGACAUUGGUUUUGACACAGGGGUGAUUAUUGUCAUUUACCCCCUAGACUUUGAGUCUACCUCCUACUACAGGCUCACUGUCCGGUCCACAGACACCCUCACUGGAGCUAGAUCUGAGGUGGAUGUUGACAUUGUUGUCGUAGACGUUAAUGACAAUGCGCCCAUCUUCGAGAAGUCCUCGUAUUCUGCAAAACUGGCAGAGAACACCAUGAUAGGGACAGCAGUGGUGCAGCUCUCAGCAACAGACAAGGACUCUGAAAAAAAUGCCGCCAUUCGCUAUCAGAUCCUCUCGGAUGCUUUUAACAGCACUGCCUACUUCCACAUUGACAGCAGCAGUGGUCUUAUCCUGACAGCCCGUCUCUUGGACUAUGAACUUUUCCAGAGUUACAGUUUCAUAGUGCGGGCGACAGACAACGGCUCCCCCGCCCAAAGUAGCGAGGUCACGGUCACUGUCGCGGUGAAUGACACAAAUGACAACCCCCCGUCCUUCAACCAGCCACUCUAUGAAGCUUUUAUCAGUGAACUGGCUCCCAGGGGACACUUUGUCACUUGUCUCCAAGCUUCUGAUAAAGACACAUCAGAUGCUGACAGGUUAAGGUACAGCAUACUCUCUGGAGAUGACAGAAUGAACUUUGUCAUGGAUUCUGAGACAGGAGUCAUCUCUUUGUCCAACCAACGCAGACAGACCAUAAGGCCAGCAUACAUCCUCAACGUCUCCGUAUCAGAUGGAGUGUUCACUAGUACAGCGCAGGUGAACAUACGUAUACUCGGGGCGAACCUGUACAGCCCUGUCUUCAGCCAGAGGUUUUACCUUGCAGAGGUGCGAGAGAAUGCUCCUGCAGGAACCAGAGUUAUCCAGGUGCGAGCCACUGAUGAAGACUCAGGGCUUUUUGGUCAGAUCAUGUACUCGUUCAUCAAUGAUCUUGGGAAGACUCAGUUUAGCAUAGGGAUCGAUGGAGUGAUCACCACUGCCCAGAAAUUAGACAGAGAGAAUCCUGUGAACAGGGACAUUGUGCUGACUGUAAUGGCUCUUGAUGGAGGAGGGCGAGUGUCCUUCUGCACGGUUAGAGUAAUCCUAACAGAUGAAAAUGAUAAUGCACCACGCUUCAGGGCUGUUGAGUAUAGGGUUAGCAUCAAAGCUAAUGUAGCUAUGGGUUCUCUGGUGACUCAGAUCCAGGCUCAGGACCCAGAUGCUGGAGAUAACGGAAGAGUGAGCUACUCCCUGUACAGCGAGGCAAGACUUCCUCUAGUGGAUGUUCUAGAGAUUGAGCCUGACAGUGGUUGGAUGGUCACAAAAGGAAGCAUGGCUCAUUUACGAGGAACGGUUCUUUCUUUUUUCGUCAAAGCCACAGAUGGCGGAGUCCCUGCUAAGCACUCGUUGGUGUCGGCUUUCAUCCAUGUCUUGCCACCAGAUGCAAAUAUACCAACGUUCACUCAGCCUCAGUACUCCUUCACUGUUCCUGAGGAUACACCUGUUGGGACGGCUCUAGGUUCUGUGUACCUUGGUCCAGGUCAGACUGGAGCCUUCGCUGUGGUCAACGGAGAGACGAUUGAGAGCAACCAAGGUGGAACGUUUAUGGUUGAUCGAGAGACUGGGCUUCUCAGGCUUGUCAAUGCACUGGACUAUGAGCAGGUCAGCAUCUACCGCUUCAAAGUUUCUGCCACCAUAAGGCAAGCUUUGGUCGAAUCAAUGUCGGUCGUGGACGUGGAAGUGAAAGUGCUGGACUUGAAUGACAACAAGCCAUCCUUCGAGACUAGCUCUUACGUGGCCAUGGUUAUGGAGGGCAUGCCAAUAGGUACGAGGGUCAUCCAGGUGCGUGCCUUGGACCCUGACUGGGGCUCAAACGGGCAGGUCACCUACAGCCUCGGACCAACCCUGAACCAGGAGAAGGACCGGACUUCAGGCAGAGCCUCUACCACUGGCACUAUCUUUGCAAUUGAUAGCAAAACAGGGUGGAUCACCACGCUAGAUGACCUGGACCAUGAAUUGUGCCCAUCGUACACCUUCAGUGUGGUCGCCUCAGACCUGGGAGAGCUUGUAUCCCUCUCUUCGACUUCUGUUGUUACUGUUGCCAUCGCCGAUGUUAACGACAACCCUCCUACCUUCGAGAGGGGCUAUUACCGAGGUGCCAUAAGGGAGAGUGAUCCAAUUGGAGAAGUCGUGUCGGUGCUCAGCACUCGAGACUGGGACACCUCGGAUCAGAACAGACUCGUCAGCUUCCAUAUUACAGGAGGGAACCCUAAGGGGGAGUUUGCUCUGGCUCCGGUUCAGGGCGAGUGGAAGGUGUUUGUGAAGCAGCCGCUGGACAGGGAAGAACAAGAUCGAUAUCUACUGAACAUCACUGCCAGCGAUGGCCUAUUUGUUUCCCGGGUGAUCGUGGAGGUCACUGUCAUGGAUGCCAAUGACAAUAGCCCCAUUUGUAACGAGGCCUUUUAUGAAGCCUCGUUUUCAGAGGACGUGCCUAUCAACAGUGGCAUUCUGACUGUCGGGGCUGUGGAUUUUGACAUAGGCACCAAUGCAGAGAUUCAGUAUUCCCUAUUCGGGAUAGGGGUUGAAGAUUUUUACAUGGAUGCAUAUACUGGCGAGCUGAAGACAGCCACUGUGAUGGACCGCGAGAAGACUCCAGGCUAUAAACUAAUAGCCCAGGCUACGGAUGGGGGCGGUUUAUUCUGUCGCUCUGAGAUAUCCCUCACUGUUCUGGAUGUGAAUGAUAAUGCACCGUCCUUCUUUUUCACCGAGUUCCUGGCCAGUGUGUUUGAGAGUGCUGCUCCCAAAACCCUGCUGACACGACUGCAGGCCAGCGAUCCUGACGAGGGCCUGAACAGGAGCAUCAUGUACUCCUUGGUGGACUCGGCUGAUGGAGUCUUCUCCAUCGACUCCUUUUCUGGAGUGGUGAUUCUGGAGAAGCCUCUGGAUCGUGAGCUCCGGGACUCGUACCGCGUGAGGGUCCAGGCUGCAGACCAGGCCGGGGGACCUGACUCCCUCUCUACACAGGUGGACCUGACUGUCAUGGUCCUGGAUGUUAAUGAUAAUCCACCAGUCUUCCAGAAGCAGGACUAUGCUGUUACAGUGCCGGAGGAUGUUGCCGUGGGGACGGAGGUGUUGAGGGUGUUCGCCACCAGUGAGGAUAUUGGACCUAAUGCUGAGAUCUACUACAGCAUCACUACAGGCAAUGAACUGGGCAAGUUCAUCAUUGAUGAGGCAACAGGCACCAUCGCCGUGGCCGAUGAUUUGGACUACGAGGUGUGCAAGGACUUCUUCCUGAAAGUGGAUGCUGUGGACGGUGGAACUCCACCUCUGAAAACCUCCACCCUGGUCACUAUCGAAGUGAUGGACAUCAACGACAACGCGCCUUCCUUCAGCGAGGACCUUUACAACGUCCUGAUCAGCGAGGACGCCGCCAUCGGCGAGACAGUCACCAGGCUGUUAGCAGAAGACCUUGACAGCCAAGUUAAUGGACGCAUCAGUUACUCCAUCCUGAGAGGAGACAGAGGGAACCAGUUCUGGAUUGAUCCCGUCACUGGACUCCUGAAGGUCAACAAAGCGCUGGACCGAGAGACGGUCUCCAGCUACUCGUUGUCAGUCCAGGCGUUCGACAGUGGAUCACCUGCCAUGUCCACCACAGUAACAGUAAAUAUUGAGAUCGCUGAUGUGAAUGACAAUGCUCCUGUGUUCUCGCCUGCCAACGCCUCUGCAGUCAUUCAGCUCAACAAGCCAGCAGGCACCACUAUCCUGACGCUGUCUGUCUCUGAUAACGACUCCCCGCGAAACGGAGGCCCGUUCGAGUUCCGUAUCGUGUCUGGAAACGAGGACAGUGUGUUUAGUCUGGACCAAAACGGAGAGCUGCGCUCCAACAGAGUGUUUGGGCCGGAUGUGACGCGGGAGUACUUGCUGGAAAUACAGGCCCGGGACUCGGGGAAGCCUCGGCUGUCAUCAUCGUCCUUCGUGUUUGUGCGUGUGAUUGGAGACAGCCUCUUCAAGCCUGUGGCCUUCCCUCUGGAGAUCAGCGUGGUGAUGACUGCAGACGUCUUUCCCGGAGGCAUCAUCGGCAAAAUCUACGCCACAGACAGAGACGAGAACGACGUGUUAUCCUUCACUCAGCGGCCUCAGCCCAAGAGCCUCUUCAAGAUCAACCGGCAGGACGGCAAGAUCGUGGCCCUCAGCGGCCUGGAGCCUGGCAGGUACUUCAUGAACGCCACAGUCAGCGACGGCCGUUUCUCGGUGACGGUGGACGUGACGGUGCAGGUGGAGCAGGUGACGGAGGAGAUGGUGCAGAACGCCGUCACCCUGCUCUUUAAGGACCUCUCCCCGGAGGACUUUGUGGGUCUGUACCUGCAGGACGUAAAGAGGGCUCUGCGGGGGGCGCUGGGAGGAGCAGGACUGGGGGCUGGAGGAGUCGCUCAGAGUCCGGACCCUCUGCACAUUCUGGGGGUGCAGCCGGUGGGCCGUACCUCCCAGCUGGAGGUUCUUCUGGCGGUAGAGGCGCAGGACGGAGGCUAUGUGGGGCCGGGGGAGCUGGCGCUUAGGCUGGGGGAGGUGCGGGAACAGCUGAGAGGAGCUCUGAAGAUAGUGGACGUGGUGGACCAGAGCUGUUCCAGUGAGCUGGACUGUGGGGACAGAGUGUGUGAGCUCAGCCUGAGACUGGAGUCCAGUGGUCUGGUCACCUACAGCACGUCCAGAGUCAGCUUUGUGUCGCCACGUUUCACUCGUUCUGAGAGCUGCACCUGCCCAGGUGGACUCUGUCCCUCGUCUUUAGAGCUGUGUGAAGGCCAGGACUGUCCGUCCGACAUGCAGUGUGUUCGCAGUGGUCCAACAGCGCCAUCUGUCUGCCAGUGCUUUCCUGGCACGCUGGACCAGUGUGCAGGUCAGACGUCUCUGAGUUUUGCUGGAAAUAGCUACAUUAAAUACAGGGUGACUGACAGCAGUAAGGGUCAGGACAUGAAGCUCGGCCUGAAGAUCAGAACCCUGCAGAGCAGAGGAGUCAUCAUGUACACCCGCGCUGACCCCUGCACCAUGCUGAAGAUUGCAGAGGGAAGGCUGUGGUUUCAGCUCGACUGUGACAACAGCCUGGACAUCCUGGGAAUUUCGGGCCGACCAAUCAACGACGGCGUGUGGCACACGGUGACCCUGGAGCUGACCCGGAACUACACCCUGCUCUCUCUGGACGAUAGCUACGUGGAGCGCCGGCGGGCCACGCGGGCCCCUGUCCACCUCUGGCCCCUGGCCGCCAACGGCUCGCUGUUCUUCGGGGCGCAGGUGGUGCGCGGACCGGUGUCGGCCGGAGGCGGGCAGGGACCCCCGCGCCCACGGGACGGCUUCCAGGGCUGCCUGGGCGCGGCCGUCCUGAACGGAAACGAGCUGCCGCUGCAGAACAAGAGGAGCCGCUACGCGGAGGUGGCAGCUCUCAGUGAGGUGAAGCUGGGAUGUGUGCUGUACCCGGACCCCUGCCUUGGGACGCCCUGUCAGAAUGGAGCUGCUUGUGCCAGCCUGCCAUCUGGUGCGUUUUCCUGCAGCUGCCCCCCGCAGUACACCGGACCCCGCUGCGAGACAGAGGUCACGUCCUGCGUUCCCACGCCCUGUCAGAACGGAGGAGACUGUAAAGCAGUGGGCAGCACCUUCCUGUGUGGUUGCCCCAAAGGCUUCACUGGACUCAUAUGCGACGAGGACGUGAACGAGUGUGAGAGGGAAGAAUGUGAAAAUGGAGGCUUGUGUGUGAACACGUUCGGUGCUUUUUACUGCAACUGCACGGCAGGCUUCGAGGGUCAGUUCUGCGGUCAGUCGUCUUCUCAGGACGGCUCAGAUCUUCAGGCGGAGGCUCUGUCGUACGUGGGGCCGGGGGAAAUAAUCGGCAUCGGCGUGCUGCUGUUCGUGGUGCUGGUGCUGCUGACCCUGCUGGCUGCUUUCCGUAAGAAGGUGCUGCGUAAAGACUGGGCCAGAGGUGAGGCUGUGGGCAUCUCUACAGAAAUGGGCUACAAGGGCGCAGAAGGAAUCGAGUUUAAAGCAGUGCGGGUUAGUGGUGCCGGUCUUUAUAACAGCGAGGGCACGGGAGGACCCCCGCAGGUCAUGGUGCGUCCCACCGCCUACACUUUACCCCGAUGCCACGGGAACUCGGACGAUAAAACAGAAGGAAUCGGAGGUCUGGCCACACUGUCCUGCCCUCCGCAACUCAGCACCUUCGGGACGGACGCGUCGCACAUCCUGGGGGUCCCGCGGAGGGGCGUGGCUGUGUGCAGCGUGGCACCGAAUCUGCCCCCAUCGCUGCCGGUCCGCCCCGCUGAACGCAGCCCUAUUAGCAAACCCCCCUGGGAGGAAGAUGAGGAGGAUGAGGAUGAUGAAGACGAGGACGAUGAAAAUGACAAUGAGGUGCAGGAAGCCCGAGCUCUGGAGUGGGAGGAUAGAGGUUAUCAGGCUGACGGAGAGGAAGUGGACACGACACGAGAACGUGGUCGUGGUGUGGAGGAGGCCACCUAUUUUUCAGACAGCAGUACCAGCGAGGCUCACACAGAUUCGGUCAGAUCCGACUCCUGCGACGACAACGCCUCCAUCGUGACGGUCAUACGGCUGGUCAACGACGCGGUGGACAGCAUUGAAAAUGAAGUUGCCGUUCUGGAUGAAGGACCGAGAUAUAGUAGUAAUGCUAGUCCACAUCUUCAUCGCGAGGAUCAAAUAUGUCUUGAAUACGUCAAAGAAUAUUUUGUCAAUUCCUACCAAUGGGAGACAACGGAGUGGCUUCCUGGUUUGGAAUCUGAAGAGGCUCGCGGGCGUUCACCUACCCCUCCUCCUCCACCUCUCCCAGCCCCUCUGCCCCCCCUCACUCUUACCCCUAGUCGGCUGGGCGGCAGCUUCCGCCUGGGGGCCGGUGCGCGCCCCCUACAGACAGGUUACCCGCUGCGGCGGUACGAAGGCCAGAGAGACUUCCACUCGUCACUGAGCCGGGACGAGUGUUCCUCACCGGUGUACGAGGAGUACCGGGAGGACGAGGGCCAUUACGACAGGCUCCCGGCCGUGCGACCCCCUUACAGGGGCUACGGCGAGGGCCGGGCCAGCCCCUCGUGCUAUCACUCGGGCCACAGCCAACCCCCUUCACACCCACCCCUGCUGGCCUGGGAGGAAAGACCGCGGGUCUGGGAAGAAUCGCGUCCCUUUGGCAGCCAGAGGGAAAUUAGCAGACUUUCAGACAGGCACUCGCUACGGGCCCGACCCCAGCGGGCUGAACAAAACAGCCCCUUCAGGUCACUGUCUGCAAUGGGUCAGUAUGAACACUACUGACAGUGAAGUGGCACUUUUUUGGACUACAUAUUGAGACUGGAAUGCUCUAUAUGCUUUUUUGACUACUUGCUUAAAACUGCCCAUGUCAUCGCAAUGCCAGCAUAUUUACACAAAAUACAUGGACCAACAAGAAAAGGAAACAAAAAAAAGACUUCAGAAAUGAACCUUGAAGGCAAGGCCUAAAUACCAUGGUAUACAGGGGUUGGACAAUGAACCUGAAACACCUGUCGUCAUUUUAGUGUGGGAGGUUUCAUGGCUAAACUGGACCAGCCUGGUGGCCAAUCUUCAUUAAUUGCACAUUGCACCAGUAAGAGCAGAGUGUGAAGGUUCAAUUAGCAGAGUAAGAGCACAGUUCUGCUCAAAAUAUUGCAAUGCACACAGCAUUAUGGGAGACAUACCAGAGUUCAAAAGAGGGCAAAUUGUUGGGGCACGUCUUGCUGGAGCAUCUGUGACCAAGACAGCAAGUCUUUGUGAUGCAUCAACAGCCACGAUAUCCAGGGUAAUGUCAGCAUACCACCAAGAAGGACCAACCACAUCCAACAGGAUUAACUGUGGAUGCUGUAAGAGGAAGCUGUCAGAAAGGGAUGUUCGGGUGCUGACCCGAAUUGUAUCCAAAAAACAUAAAAACCACAGCUGCCCAAAUCACGGAAGAACCCAAUGUGCACCUCAACUCUCCUGUUUCCACCAGAACUGUCCGUCACCACAAUAAAUUAUUGUGGUCUAAAACCAGGAGUUUCAGUUUCAUUGUCCAACCCCUGUAUGUCUAUAUAAUGUAUAUGAGAAGUACAGUAGCUUUGCAGGAUUAUGGAUUUUGAACAUUAUUAAAGUGAAAUUGUAAUCUACACCACAGUCUACGUAUGGAAGUCUGUUAUAUGUAAUUCAUGCCACAAGCUAAACUGGUGCUACACUAUACUGCCAAAAGUAGUAUUUGCUUGUCUGCCUUCGCACACGUACAGUAGGAACUUGAGAGACAUUCCGUUCUUAAUCCAUCAUCCAUCCCUCCAUCUAUUGUCCACUGCUUAUCCGAAGUCGGGUCGCAGGGGUAGCAGUUCUACCAAGGAGCCCCAAACUUCCUAGUCCACAGUCCCAGGCUACAUCUUCUAACUCUGACCGGGGGAUCCCUAGGUGUUCCCAUGCCAAAGUGGAGAUAUAAUCUCUCCAUCCUGGUCCUAGGUGGACCCAGCUGGAUGUGCCAGGAGAGAUACCUCCUUAGGGAGGCACCCUGGCAGUGGUUCUACUCCCACACAAGUCCCUCGCAAAUGACCGAGUUUCUAACCCUAUCUCUAAUGCCAAGCUCAGACUACACAACAUUUUUGUCCCUCAAGAUGAUCGCUAUGUCAGAUUAAGCAGUUAACUGGGAACUGGGGAACUGGGAAUACUACACGUUAGUCACCGACCAAUCAGUGUCCACGUCCUUGCGUGAGUUCAUAGGUCAUUGUGGAGGAGGAGCAAAGAAUCUGACAAUCAUGGGUAUAGAAGCGGUUUGUGUGAUGGAAGUGCUUUUGUGCACAGAAACUCGCAAAAAGAAGAGGAAGAAGAAGCGACUGUGGGCUCCUGGGUGACCCAAAGAGGACAUCCCGAGCUUUGUGUAACUAACUCCAGAGAGAACUCGAGGUAUGGUAAAGAUGUAGCUACUUUAGCUAGGUUUUAGUGCAUGUAAAUACAACAAAGGAAUAAACAGAAUUAAUAUAUACAUAAAGAAUAAACAGAAUAAAGGCAGGGGUAUUGUUGCCACAGCUCAAGAAAUUUUUCUUCUGUUUCUCUGGUCCAAAUUGCAGGAGCACCAUCCCGCUUUCUUUUCACCAUAUUUACAUCUGCGCGCCACAGAAUGCUCUUCCUUGUCUUCCCAUUGGUCAAUAUCAGGGAGCACGUCGCGGAGCAACAUGUCAAACUAGGCGAUACAAUACAAAAAAUUCUAACAUGCUAGUCAGACUUUUUGUCGGACGCUCCGACGGCAUCAGUCACGUCAAAUUACUGCUCUUUGACUAUGUCACGCUACACUGACCUUUGUCGCUCGCGACAGGCAAUUUGUCGACUCAGACAAAAUCUGGCUAAAUUUGUGUAGUCUGAUCCGGGCAUAAUGAAGACCCCAGCCACCCUUCUGAGGAAAUCCAUCGCUUGUAUUCGCGACCUAGUUCUUUUGGUCAUGACCCAUCGCUCAUGGCUCUUGACCAUAGGCUUUCCAUACGGUUUUCCCAAAGACGAGCCCAAAAAAAAAAACUCCUGAAAGCAGCACCUUACACCAUAAUCCCCCCUCCACUAAACUUCAAACUUUACACACAGUGCAGUGCAGUCAAACAAGUACCUUUCUACUGGCAACCUCCAAACCCAAACUUGUCCAUCAGAUGGCCAGACGAAGCAAGGUGAUUCGUCACUCCAGAAAACACGUCUUCACUGCUUUAGAGUCCAUUGGUGGCGUGCUUUACCUCACUUCACCCGGUGGAUUGCUUUGCACUUUGUGAUGUAAGGCUUGCACCAGGAUGCAGCUGCUCAAUCAUGGAAUUCAUGCACUGAUCCUAAGCUAAUCUGAAGGCCACCUAAAGUUAGUUACUGGAAGUCAGUAGCGUUUGACUCUGCAGAAAGUUGUCUUGUUGCAUGGUCUACCUCUUUGUGGCUGAGUUGCUGUUGUUUCCAUUCGCUUCCAUUUUGUUGUGAUAACACUGAAAGUUGACUGUGGAACAUUUUAUCGUGAGGAAAUUUCGCGACUGAACUUGAUGUACAGCUGUGGCCAUGGAAGUGAUUGGAACAUCUAAAUUCAUUUAUUUUCAUAAGAGACUAAACACUUUUGGCAUUAUAGUGUAUAUAUCAACAGCAUACAUCAAAAUUACAGAGAGAAUGAAUGGUACUAGUGUGUCUGGAUGCUGUAACUGACUUACCCUUCAUUUUAGGAUUUUUGUUUAAAUGACACUUAUGAACUCAUCAUUCCAACAUGGAGGAACCCAUCAGCUCAAGUCACAAGGUGGGGUACCAUGUCAGCACAAAUGUAAACUGCAGCAACCCAGAAAUCAUUGCUAUGUGAUGCAGUUUCCUUUUUAAACCCCUCAAAAAUGGUGGACAAAAAUGUUUAAAUACCAUUGAAAUACAAUAAUACAAAUACUGUAAAAGAGCACUGUAUGUGAAUUGGUGUUUCCUGUUCUUGGGCUCCCCCUGCAGUUGGGAAAUAAUGUAACUCGUUCUUUAAGUCACCAUUAAAUAAUAUGGUUACAUGCAUUUCUGGACAAAA